CGCAUCGAACCGCCGCUCAGAGAAAAGAAUUUGGCGCCCGUCGAUGAACUUUCCAAGCUUUUUCCUUUGUCUCGGAUUCAAAGUUCCCAUCGGGAAACUUUUUAUUUCGCCGAGCGAUAAAUCAACGGCGGUGCGCAUUUCGUGGAGGAAUUGCAGCGUGAAGAACAAAACGCGAAACCAAUGUUUCGGACGUGGAUUCUUCCAUUUGGAUUUUUCCCCUUUCCCCUGUAUAAUUUACGUGUUUGCCCGUUUGUCCAUUCCAGGCGGAAGAAAACAACGAGACCGGAACAAAUACGUGAUCGUCAAAAGACUCACGUUCACGGCAAUUCCAGCGAGCAGAUUAAUAUCUCCGAAUCAAUGUACCUCUGGUUUCUUCGACGUUUCGAUGCCGAUUACUUCGAGCAAUUACGAUACAAAUCUGCCGAUUUAACCAACUUGAUCGGGGGAAAAGGAGCAGAGCAGCGAUUCAGAGAUCGUCGAGUAGAAAACGAGUGGGAUCGAACGCGUUUAGAUAACAGACUGACGCUUCGUAUUUUCGAGCUAAAAUUAACCUCGCCGAGGGCAGUCGAGGGUGCGCGCACAAAGGGUGCGAAUUCUUCGGGACA